CAAAGUAACUAAGCAGUAGCUAAGUGCGGUAUGUGAAAAGCGUGAGAUUGCGAAUGCUGUGUGCGUAAAUGGUUCAAAGAAAUGCCUGUUAUAAAACUUUUUUACAUAUGAAGUAUAUAUAAGUAUUGUAAAUAUUCAAUAUUAGUGAUUAAAAUUGAAGAACAUAUAAUUAUUGUAGAUUACACAUAACCUUAUAAAAUGUCCGACGACGAGGAUUUGAUUUACGUGAAGAAACAGAAAACCGUUCACUAUGGCUCUUUGGAGGAAGCAGAACGUGUACGGCUCGCAGCUACUGUUGAAGCCACAGAUGAAGAAAAAGAUGUCACAAAUACGAAUGAUGUUACCAAUGCUUCCAUAUCAACGGGGAAUGUACACAUUUCUAAUGAGUAUAUGGAGCUCGAAGAUGAAAUGUCUAAAGAUCGUCAGGCGUUAUUGGAAGAAUUUGAACGUAGGAAGAAGGCCAGACAAAUUAAUGUUUCUACAGAUGACUUGGAAGUAAAGAAGCACUUAAGACAGUUGGGUGAACCAAUUUGUCUAUUCGGGGAAGGUCCUGCAGAUAGAAGAACGAGAUUAAGAGAAUUGUUCGCUAGUGUCGGUGAGGAUGCUAUUAAAAAGAAGCACGAGGAAGAAGAGAAACCGUCUCAUAUCAUUGAAAAGGAUACAGAGACAACUUGGUAUCACGAAGGCCCAGAAUCAUUGCAAAUUGCUAGAUCAUGGAUAGCAACAUAUUCAUUGCCUAGAGCAAAGGCACGGCUGGAUAAGGCAAGGCAAGAUCUACAAUUACCAGCCGCAGCUCGUACAGCGAAAAGACAAGAACUUCUGAAGAAGCUGCAAGCGUUAAGCAUUUAUUGUUCCCAAAUCGGAGAUACAAGGCCAAUUUCCUUUUGCCAGUUCAGCCCUAAUUCAAAGAUUCUUGCUACGGCUUCAUGGUCAGGCUUAUGCAAAUUAUGGUCUGUACCCGACUGUACUUUGUUGCGCACUUUAAACGGACACGGUUGUAAUGUUGGCUGUAUUGUUUUUCACCCAAAAGCUACGAUAACCGAAGAUGUGAUAGAUGAUAAUGCAGAGCAUACUUGUGUGAUGGCAUCUUGCGCAUCAGAUGGUACCGUGAAACUCUGGAGCGGCGGCACCGGUACCGAACCAUUAGCGGAAGUAGAAGGGCAUGAACCGCACAGAGUCUCGAGGAUAGCUUUUCAUCCAUCUGGACGAUUCCUCGGCACGUGUUGUUACGAUGCGUCUUGGCGAUUGUGGGAUUUAGAGCAGCAAGCAGAAGUGCUUCAUCAAGAGGGUCACGCUAGAGCCUGUCACUGCAUCAGUUUUCAGUGUGACGGAAGCGUUUGCGCGACAGGCGGCCACGACUCUUUCGGCAGAGUGUGGGACUUGCGUACCGGUAGAUGCAUAAUGUUUAUGGAGGGUCAUCUAAAAUCCAUCUUCGGCAUUGAUUUUUCACCGAACGGUUUUCAUAUAGCCACAGCGAGCGAGGAUAACGCCUGCAAAAUAUGGGACUUGCGAAAGAGAAGCUGCAUAUAUACAAUACCGGCGCACACCAAUUUGCUGUCCGAUGUGAAAUAUCAGAGGAUAGAAGGGCAAUACUUGAUCACUGCAUCUUAUGAUAACACAGCCAAAAUUUGGUCCAAUAAGACGUGGCAGCCUCUCAAGAUGCUACCGGGUCACGAUGGAAAGGUCAUGUCUGUCGACGUGUCUCCUGAUCAGAAGUUUAUUGCAACGACUUCAUAUGACAGAACUUUUAAAUUGUGGGCGCCAGAGAGCACUUGAGAGACUUUUUAAGAUACAUAUUUUAGGUAUUAAAAAAUAUAUUUUUCUCAAUAUUUUUUAUUUAUAUCACUCGACCUAAAAAAUGAUGUAUGUUCGUAAAAAACAUAAUAAAAACAUUUGAUUUGCUCAUCAUGUAAAUUAUAGGAAUCUUUUGGAUUGAAAAUUAUCGUAUUUAUAUUGUGAUCAUUUUUAUACAACAGUCUUAAUAAAAGUUAAUUCCUUUGAAAAAAAAAUAUAUUGCUUAUAUAAGAGACACAUGUUUCACUUGUAAAUAUGCAGCUGGAAAUACGCAAGAAUAAUAUUAACAUUUACAUUGCGCAUUUCAGAAAUAUAUCCUGCGAAAUAUAUCCCGCGUGAAAUGGGUCUUAUAAUUACGUAUAAACUUUUGACGUUAUUUAUAACUAGGGCAGUUGCCCGUUCAAUAGGCGCACUGCUAUUGUGUUGACAUUUAUAUCGCCCUCAACAAAGAAACGCGAACGCGUUAACUAUAGGAUCUGAACUCCCUUGCCGGGUUUGUCGAGUACAUCUCAAGAUGAGUACCGAAAGAGGAACUACUGCUGUUACAUUAUUAACAAACUUUUGGCGAAAUCCUGGAAACGCCAGCGUGCCUUUUAAAACUUUUACUAUGAAUCUUUUGCAUCUUGUACUGACAUAAUCUCUCUUUGAGAUGUAUUUUAUCUUUCCUCUGUAUUUUCUAUUUAUAAGCUUUUUGAUAAUUACAAGCUAUUAAGCGAAAAAUAAAAUAACAUACUCUGUUUUGAGUAAUUAAGGAGUAAAUAAUUUG